UGCAUGGGAGAAAAUACAUCCAUGUAUUUUUUUCGUUCUAAAGUGUAGUGAUAGUGUACGUUAACAGAACAAAUCACCAUCGGUAAAAACGGAGGCAUUCCUGUCGUGAUAAAAGUCGGUGGUGAUGAAAGGCAUCUAACAAGCCAGAGAAGUGAGACAGGGAAAGGGUAGGCCUUGUCUUGGGAGAUUUUUGCUCCUCCAGCACAGGCAGCGUGAUGUCAGCGGUGCCAGUGCUGUUGUAAUUGACUUGGUGGGGGUGAUGGCGUCAUUUUAUGCCCUGGUGUAGCCUCCUGCUCCAAUAGCGAAGGGGAGACGGAUCUUUGUCCGACGCGACCGUGGCUCCCUUGGCCGGGAUCGAGUACCGCCGAGCCGGACACCUCACCCCGGGAAACAUGGAGGCUGUGGCCGAUGAGCUGCGGGCCGGCUCUCGGGUACCUGUCACUAUCGAUCAAAUAGUUAACGACACACUUGUAGUGACGCUCACCUAUCGAGAACGAAGCUACACGGGGAUAUUACUUGAUUGCAACAAAAAGACUGGACUGUUCUGUCUACCAGAUUUCACAAUCAAAUCCAGGGACUGUCCAAUACCUAAAUCAGAUUGUGAAAUCCCAGACAUUGUGAGUGAGGUGCUGGUUUCCAAUUCUCCCAGCCAGACUCCACACAGACCAAAGGAUGAAAAUACUCUCCCUGAAAGCAGUAUACCAACUGCACCUCCACCUUGCCCUCUACCCACACCAGUGCCAGCUGGAGAGACUCCUUACCCUCCUUAUUUUGAAGGAGCCCCCUUCCCUCAGCCUUUAUGGGUUCGUCACAGCUACAGCCAGUGGGUACCUCAACCUCCUCCACGACCAAUCAAGAGAAAGAAGAGGCGGACGCGAGAGCCCGGUCGCAUGACCAUGAGCACUAUCCGUCUACGACCACGGCAGGUACUAUGUGAAAAGUGCAAAAACACACUGAAUAGUGAUGAGGACAGUAAAGAUGGCAUGAGCAAUCCCAAAACGUCUAGAAAAGAGAAUGCACUACAGAGCGAUGACGAUGGUGAUGACAAAGAUAUCCCAUCUAAGCUUUCCAGGAAGGAGGAUGUAGUUGCAAACAAGGACACUAAAAAACGGGAAAAUGGCACCAGCUUUGACAGCAAGCGCCUUAGGAAGGACAAAAGGGGGGAAGCUGAUGGGGAGAAGUUCCCCGGAGGUGAGGUGAUUAUCCCCCAUAGUCCUGUCAUAAAGAUCUCCUACAGCACUCCACAGGGCAAGGGGGAGGUCAUGAAGAUCCCCUCGCGAGUCCAUGGUUCGGUUAAACCAUUUUGCCCCAAACAGAUGGUGCAGAAUGGUGUGGGAGAAAACGGCAAGGCGCCUUCUGAUCCCACCAAGGAACAACGGCACAUUUUAGAUGCCACAAGGUCUGGCCUCACAGUGUCCAUUCCCAAACUCAAACUUACUAGACCAUUCACAACUGUGAGUCAGGACUUGCCUUCUCCAAAGAUCCGCUUGAAACCUCCUCAGAGAGAGAGUGAUGAGGGUGUGGUCGAGUAUGAGGCAGAACUUAUAGAAGAUACAAGGAGACAAAGUCCCAGGGUUCCAGGUCCCUGCCUCCCUCACUCCGAAGACUCAGGGGAGGGCAAGAACUCUCUGGAGUUGUGGUCAGGGAGUUCUGGAGAGGAGGCUGAGCGAGGCCACAGUGACCUAACCCUUCUCAUUAAUUUCCGUAAGCGCAAAGCAGAUUCUUCAAGCCUGUCGGUCUGCAGCAGUGACAGUCUAGAUGAGUCCAAGUCUUUCAGUUCUGAUGGCACUUCUCCGGAGCUGUGUGAUCUUGCACCUGGAGAAGACCUCUCUGUAAUCUCAUCUUCUGUACCUUCACGAGAGGACUCCAAGACAGUGCCGCCACUCACAGUGCGCCUCCACACGCGCAGCAUGACAAAGUGUGUAACAGAAGAGGGCCACGCUGUGGCGGUGGGUGACAUUGUGUGGGGUAAGAUCCAUGGCUUCCCCUGGUGGCCAGCACGUGUCCUCAGCAUCAGUGGCACACGCAAACAGGAGACAGCCAGUUGUGAGGCGCAGUGGCCCCAGGCGAAGGUGUCAUGGUUCGGUUCACCCACCACCUCCCAACUCUCUGUUGCCAAACUUUCACCCUUUAGAGAGCUCUUCAGGUCCCGAUUUAACCGCAAGAAGAAAGGGAUGUACCGGAGAGCCAUCCUGGAGGCAGCCAAGGCUGUGGGUCACAUGAGCCCGGAGAUUACGUCACUGCUUUCCCACGGCGACACAUAGAGGCUGAGGACUGAAGAGAGGUCGCCGAGGUUUUUCCUGAAUUCUCAGACUGUGUCAAGACCCAGGAGGGAGUAUGUACGUUGCCACGGCUACUAUUUAUAUGCCUUUUUUUUUUUCUUUUCUUUUCACAAGGCUUGUGGAAAAUGGCCGCCACAGUGGAGUAUAGUUGUGACUGGACUAGGGAGCAAAAAAAGGCCACACAUUUCAUGGUCUCCCAUGAACUAUUCCUCCUUUUUAUUUCUAGAUCUAAUCAUAUUUCAAUAGAGCGGAAUUACGACACUACAAGGAGCCGAAUGUAUUUAUUGUCUGUACUUGUUUGUUGCGGUCCAUUAAGUACGCCCUUUUUUGCUACGGUCUCUCCAAACCUGCUGGUCUGCUGCUGUUAUCAUCACGGUCCGCACCACCGACAAGUUACAAGGUUUUACUUGUCCAGUCAGAUGAAGUCGGCUGUGUCAUUAAAGAUCCCCAACCCCCACCUCCCGGGCCAUGACACAUCCUACCAUGAAUUAGAAAGUCUUACCCCGAAUCCUUUUACUUAAAAAUGUGAACGGCUCCACCCAGAGACAGUAGUGACUGUUCCAGCUCUUCUAGCAAUCACAGUGUUUUCGUCCUCACAGCCCACACAGUACAUUUGAGGAUGUAUUUAUGCUGAACUCUGAUUCCUCUCCGAAAUCAUGUGUCUCUCUUCCAUUUUAUUUUAUUUUUUUACCUUCUCCCCCUCCCCCGAAAACCAUUU